AUGGCAGAGUACGGCCGAUGGGGGGAAGCUGAAGAGUCAAUGACGCAAAUUCUAGAGGCUAGACGGGAGAGAAAAGCUGAAGAGCUUGAAAUGCAAGUCAUGAAGAGGAAGAAAAAAAUAUUCGGGCUUGAGUACCUAUCCACAUUAUUGACGAUCACCAAUAUGGUGCAAAGCUUCACAAAUCGACGGCAAUGGGCUCAUGCUGGGGAUCUUUGUAGAAAGCUGGUGGAGAAGAAGUCACGUGUCUUCGGUCAGGAUCAUUCAGAAACUUUGUCCAGGAUGGCAGAUCUGGCCUCAAUCAUCACCCAUCAGGAGCGGUACGAAGAAGCUAUAGCACUUGACUUGAAAGUCUUGGAUAGAUGCCGGCACAUCAACAGCGAAGAGCACCAUGUCAUACUGGCAAGUAUGGUCAAUCUAGUGGUAGCUUUCUCACUGCUUGGACGGCGCGCCAAUGCAAAAAUAUUCGAGAAGCAAGCUAUGAAGACUGUCCUUGAUAUGUGA